GUCGGUGCUGCGCUGCUGCGAGACGCGUCUCGGCGCUAACCUCGACGCGCGACCGCGACCGCGACACUGCGAGAGCGACGACGUGGGAUGCGACCGCCCCCGCCGCGGACAGUGCUUGCCGCCGAUCGCCGCUCCGGCCACGCGUGAUGCCGCUUUCGAGCUGUCGGCCGACGGAGAAACGGAGGAGGCCACGAGGUCGCGCGGCCCGCGACGCGACGAUGACACGCUCUGACCGAGUCGCACCCGGGUCUCGUCUCGACGUCGGUUUCACGCGCGGCAGGUACUGUUCUUGGGACACGUUUUAUCGUCCUUUCUGGCCCUCGUCCUUCGGAUUAAGAGAGCGAACACCUGGCGAGGAACGUCGGAUGAGAAACUUGUUUUUGUCGUACGCAGAAUGAGGCGAGACUCGUUUCGUAAAUCCGAGAAAGUGCUAGAUGGAAGUAUCCAGUUUUCGCCAGACAGAUACGUAGCAAUUCCGUGAACAUGGUGGGGAAUACUUACGAGGUACUUCCGUUGUACAACGGAACUGGAAGGGAGAUGUGCCAGUGGUUGGCACACAUCAAGUUGUCACGGAUAAUCAUUUUGACGUCUACGGUCUUGUUUAUCGUGCCAUUAUUCACGCAUUACUAUUUGUCCAAGGUAGAAUCUGACACGCCAGAUAGGGAUAUGUACAGAACGUUCUCGACCCUGGAGGCUUUUGAGGAUUUCACAUCCAUGAAGGCGUCGCAGCUGAAGAUGAGGAUAGAGGAGAUGUUCCGCAUAAAAAUCUCAGUGAGCAACGAACUGAGAGACCUGAGCGCCAAGAGGCAGAGACUUCAGGGCGAGGUCAACAGCUUGACCCAGAAGAUAGACGAGCUGAAGCAGGAGUUACUGCAUCAGCAAACGGAUCUUGACAGGCUGAAGAUAAGUGUGGAGCAGGCGCAGGUGGCGCAGAAGGAGGCGGUGGAAAGAAACACGCCUGAGUUGGCACCGCCUAAGAGAAUACUGAUUAAUAGCCUGCCAGUUGUACUGCCCAGCACAGAUCCGCGAUCGUGUAGAAUGCACAAUUGUUUCGAUCACAGCCGGUGUGCAUUGACAAGCGGUUUUCCCGUAUACCUGUACGAUCCCGACAAAUUCUCGGUAGUCGAUCCAGGAUGGGAUGUAGAGGGUUUCUUAAAGACUACUAUUAAACAGACACUAGGAUACAAUCCGCAUCUUACUAGGAAUCCAGCGGAGGCAUGCGUUUACAUAGUCUUAGUUGGUGAAGCGUUGAACCCACGUCAAAAGAAUGAUCAACGUUACAGCAAACCUUUAGAUAUAAAGAAAUUACACGCACUGCCCUAUUGGGGCGGAGACGGUAGAAAUCACAUACUGUUAAAUCUCGCACGUAGAGAUUUGUCUGCGGAUUCUGGAAAUAUCUUCAGCAAUCUGGAUAUUGGCAGAGCAAUAGUAGUACAGUCCACGUUUUAUAGAAAUCAAUUUCGGGACGGCUUCGACUUGAUUAUUCCGCCAAUACUGGGAACACCUGGCGGGGACGUUUGGCAAGAAUGCGCACAAAUGUUACCCGCGAGGAGGAAAUAUUUGCUGUCGUUCCAAGGAGAGAUGAAAACUUUUGUAGGCACGCCGAUGACAUAUCAAAUUGACGACGCCGAUAUGGAUAUGGAAAAAUUGAUAAUCGACGAUAACAAUAUAGACGCAUUCAUUAUCCAACAUCUUAAAGAUAUGAGCGGCGGAAUAACCUUGGACAAAUUUUUCAUUCAGUUUGAAUGUAUACCAGCCUCGGUGGAGAACAAGCCUGUGGAAACUCUCGAUUGGUCACUCUGCGGAACUGAUUCGUCCAGAAGAGCCAUAUUAAAGGAAUCGACAUUUGCGUUAAUCUUAGCGCCCAGUAACGCCACAUUAUUGACUACUUCGUUCAUGCAAGCAAGAUUGUACGAAGCAUUGCGAGCUGGGUCAAUACCCGUUAUUCUCGGUGGUGAUCAGAUUUUGCUUAACUAUAACGAAGUUGUUACUUGGAGGAGAGCAGUUAUUUUCUUACCCAAGGCCAGAGUGACUGAGAUGCACUUUUUAUUGCGUGCCGUUCCUGACAACGAUCUUUUGACUAUGCGGAGACAAGGUAGAUUAAUAUGGGAGCGUUAUAUGAGUACUGCUCAAAGUGUAGUAGAUACAAUUGUAGCAGUAGUAAGAGACAGACUUGGUAUACCUCCGUUGCCAGCGCCUCAAACAUCCAGUCCUAGUGUUUUUAAUGAAAGCUUUGUGCCUUUAAAAUCGGACACCAUCAUUGCUGAACCUGAAGCUGAAGAAAGUUUGGGACCUCUAGAACCGUCGUAUCCAUCUCCUGCUUUUAAGAGAAAUUAUACAACGCUAUUAAUCCAAGGUCAUGAAAUUUGGAACGAUUGGAUGGAUCCAUUUUAUUUAUAUCCACAGUUACCUUUUGAUACUGUUCUGCCAAGCGAUGCUAAGUUUCUUGGCUCAGAAGUUGGCUUUCGACCGAUUGGUAAAGGUGCUGGGGGUGCUGGAAAAGAGUUUAGCGAGUCAUUAGGAGGAAACUAUCCAAGAGAACAAUUUACAAUUGUCAUAUUAACUUACGAGAGGGAACAGGUUCUUAUAAAUUCAUUGGCGCGCCUUUAUGGCUUGCCUUAUCUAAACAAGGUACUUGUAGUAUGGAAUAGUCCGAAACCGCCCGUGGAUGAUCUCAAGUGGCCUGAUAUUGGCGUUCCUAUACAUGUUAUAAAAGCUCCAAAAAAUAGUUUGAAUAAUCGAUUCCUUCCAUUUGACGCAAUCGAGACAGAGGCUGUUCUUUCUAUUGAUGAUGACGCCCAUUUAAGACAUGACGAAAUCAUGUUUGGUUUCAGAGUGUGGAGAGAACAUCGAGAUCGUGUGGUUGGAUUCCCUGGUCGCUUUCAUGCAUGGGACCAGAAUUACCAUAACGCUUGGAAUUACAAUUCUAAUUACUCUUGCGAGCUAUCCAUGGUUUUAACCGGGGCUGCUUUUAUCCACAAACAUUAUACAUAUCUGUAUACGCAUUGGUUGCCACAGGCAAUAAGGGAUAAAGUUGAUGAGUACAUGAACUGUGAGGACAUUGCAAUGAACUUUCUAAUAUCCCAUCUUACAAGAAAACCACCAGUGAAAGUAACAUCACGUUGGACAUUUAGAUGUCCAGGUUGUCCAGUUUCACUGUCAGAGGAUGAUACUCAUUUUCAGGAGAGACAUAAAUGCAUUAAUUUCUUUUCGCAGGUUUUCGGUUAUAUGCCUCUAUUGAAUACUCAGUAUCGAGCUGAUUCAAUAUUAUUCAAGACAAGAAUACCACAUGAUAAACAAAAAUGUUUCAAGUUUAUAUGAAAAGGAAGUACAUUUUAACUUUUUGUAUAGAUAUUAUAGGGUAAGAUUUGUACGACUUUGAUACAAUUUUAUGCAGUUCAUAACUUAAGAAUAAUCAGGUAGGAUAUUUUACAGAAUAUACAUGUACAGAAAAGGUAAGAAAUGUAAUUAAAACGAGUCAAAAUGUGUAAUUAAAUUCUUAAAGUACAUCAAUGAUUAAGAAAAGUAGAUCAACGUUAGAUGUUACUAAUCUUUCUUUUAGUCUUUUUACGGCAUUUAACGAGAUAAUAAGAAAUUAUCAAGAUCAUUCUAUAUAAUAUAAUUUAUUAGGUAAAGUGAAUAUGUAAUUUUGUAAAAAUGAUUUUGCUUCAAAUUUUUUUACCAAAAUUGGUAUUUAACAAAACAUUUAACGUUCUAAGAAGAUGGAUAUUUUGUAAAUAGAAUAAUAUUAGUAUACUAUACAUAUGUGGAUAUGUAUGGUAUAUUAUACAUAUGUACAUUAUCUCGUAAGUGCACUAAACUAUAAUUUACUUUAAUAUACUAUAUCCGUAAUGUAGUAUAUCAAUGAAUUACUGCCUAUUAGAAUUACAAUAAUGUACAUAUCUGAGAUAAAAUUGAUAUAAUUUUUAAACAAAGAACAAAUUAUAUUUAAUGUUUUUAUAAUUGAAUUGAGUACAAUGAUUAUUUAUCAUUAUAUUAAAAUAGGUUAGCUUUAUGUAAUUCAAAGUUAUAAUUGAAUUUUAUUAAUCAACGGAUGAAGAAAACAAAUAUAAUAACGUGCAACAUUUGUUAUUA